UUUCCCUCGAAGACAGAAAGAAAAUAUAAAACGCCUGCGUUCUUUCUGGUCUGCGUUGUCCCUCAGUCUCCUCCCUUCUUUCGCUCCCUGCAUCAUGGGAGAAGCACGUAGGGGGAAACCCUAAAUCCGCCAACUCUCAGAUAGUGGUUAUUGGAUUCCGCAUUUCAGGACUUGCGCGCUUCUCCAGUCCGGAGCGAAGCGGUACCGAUUCUGGAGUUGGUGGAGAGCGAAAGAGACAAGGAAGAAACAGGAGGGCCUUCGAGCUGUUUUAUCGGUUCUUUUUCUCCUUUUCGUCCUUCUGCUGAGCGGAUGACCAAUCGCCACCAGUUUUAGGGUGACUUGGGGAAUUUUCUUACUCUUUCUUGGGAUGUUAUCACAACGUUGGCACUGUUCGUUCGUCUUCUCCCCACUCUUUUUGCGUCAGAUCUCUAGGCGGAUUUGGAUCUGUAGCUUGUGCUCGACUUGAAGUCUGAACUGGUGGUGGUUUUGCUCGACGUUAAAAUGGCAGAAUGGUCUGCCAUGACGUCAUGUACGAAUUUACAGCUACAAAUGGACUCCUUGAAGACUGGCGUUUGCAUUCCAAGAAGGGUGUAUUUCACUAUAAUGGAAGGGGGCUGUUUGCCUAGGGAAUAUAGAAUUUUGUUCCCACUUCAAUCACUGGCUGUCCGCAGUGCAAACACACGACCUGUCACAACAGUUGAAGGAGAGAGGCGCCUCCCACGAAGAGGAUUGAGAUGCCAGUGUAUAGGCAAUGCAAUUAACCCAGUGAGCAUGUCAGUGUUUGAGUGGGUGCCCUUUGUGGAUCAAAUGCUCCUGGUGACAAGUGCAGCUUUUGCUUAUAUGGCUGGAGUCCUUCCCUUGGAGAAGACAUCAGUUGCCCUAAAGAGAAACUCCAUGGAUGUGAACGCAGAUGCCAUGUCUUCUACUACUACUGGUAGUGCAAUGGAAGGCUUAACACAAAGCAAUUUCAUGGAAGCCUGGGAUGAAGUGCAGAAAAAGCUUGUGGAUUCUAUUGAUGCUGGCCCAAAUGAUGGUAAUUUGGAAAUGGAAGCUGCCCAAAAUGGAAAUAACAACAGAAAGCGUCCUUUAAGUUUGCAUGCUAUUGAUGACGGAGCCAGGCUUCGGCUGCUAUGGGCUACAUUUUUGCAUCUUCAGAAAGAGGUCCAGAGUAUUUCAGGAAACAGUGGCACUGUCAACAGAGAGGAGUGGUUAGUAGUCAUAUCAAGAAUGAUGAGGGCCUCGGUUCAACCCAUAUGCACAACAUGGCUGACAAAAGAGUCGUCUGUAAGGAAGAAAAUGCAUAAUCCGGAUGCUCUUGAAAGAAUAUUUCAAGGACAAGAAGAUGAUGGCUCCAUUUUGUCAAGUAUAAGAAAGACCGGGAAGGAGGAGCUGUAUGCAGAUAUGCUGUUCCUUUUACGGUUUGGCUCAGUUAGGGCGGGAGGAUAUUAUGAUGGAAAAUUUCUUGCUCAACACAGUAUCAAUAUCUUGGAAGAUCUGGUUGUGGUUCUAGCAGAUAGGAUUGCAAACAUAUAUUUGGAACUGAUAUCUGUUGACAGUUCUCUCUCCAAUGAAAUGAAUGGGAUGGAUUUACUGUUGUGUUCACUGUCAACCAGGGAACUGCAAAAAUUAAGAAAUGAGGUGGCCUUAAACAGUUGGAUCUAUCAAAACAUUGAGGUUGUUAUAUCUAUGUAUGAGGACCGUUUUGACUUAUUCGUGCUGAAAAAAGAAUCUAUUGGGAAGGCUUCUGAGAUUUCAUCCAAUAAGUAUGCUUGGUGGAAGAGGCUGUCUCUGAAGAAAUCUGAAUCACUUUCAGCUUCAAAUAUCAUGAUCAAUAACUUGUCAUUGCCUGUGAAACGGAUCAAAGAGCUGAGAGCCUUGACGGGUUGGAUGUACUAUUUCAGCUUGUAUCUGGAGUUUUCUGACAUUGCAAUGCCAUUUGUGAAAGUUGUUUUGGACAAGGUUAGCAGUGCUAUAUCUUUCUUUUUUGUUUGCUUAAUUGGGAGGUCUUUGGGUCUCAUUUACACUGGCAUAAGGCAAUCUCUCAGUUGGAAGUGAGGUUUUGAACUUUGUCCUGUCCAGGUUUUUAUCUUCCCACUUUAUUUUCUUGUUUGCUUACGACCACGGGAUCCUCUUGUCCAGCACAACAUUCAAUUCUAUUGAAGAUGUGAAAUUUUUAUCA